AUGGGGAUCCCAGGCACCCUGCCCAGCACCUGGGCUGGGAGGCAGGACACAGCCACCUCGAGGACUGCUGGGACAUCAUGCCUGGAGGCUACUGGAGCCACUGAACCACCUCCAGUGCUGCUUGAGCCCAAGGAGGUCAUUUCCAGCCCUCACUCAGGCUGCAGGGAGCAGGACAGGCAACAGAGGAGCGGGGAUGGCUCUGCCAGCUUGGUGUGGGCAGCCACGCCGGGGAUGCUCUUCCAGGAGGACAAGCAGACCAGCCUUCACCCUCUCAGCCUGUCCUGGGUGUUUGGCUACAACAGCAGCCUGGCCGUGCACAGCCUGAUGGAUGGGGAGGACCAGGUGAUCCUGUACGUCUCCUCACACACGGCUGUCAUCCACGAUGUCCUGGGGAACAGGCAGUACCACCUGCAGGGCCACGCAAAUGUUAUUUCUUGCCUGUGUGUGAGUGAAGACAGGCGCUGGGUUGCAACCGCCGACCGAGGGCCAGAUGCUCUGGUCAUCAUAUGGGACUCCUACUCUGGGAUACCGGUGCGCACCAUCUUUGGGAGCCAUCCAGAGGAUGGAGUCAGUGCUAUUGCUAUUUCCCAGGAUGCGAAGUAUUUGGCAACCAUUAGUGCUGGUAAAGUGCAGAGAGUUUGUGUUUGGAAGUGGACUUCGACUGCAGAGGAACCCCUGUGCAGCACGGAGCUGAGGCCUGAGUUUGGGUAUCAGGAUUAUGUCAUUUUUAACUCUCAAAAUCCCUAUGAGUUUGUCAGCAACAGCAAAACCCAGGUGAUAUUUUACCUGUGGAGUGACGCUGGUUUGCAGUACGGAACACCACUCCUGAGCAGCCGGACUUUCAACAGUGUGGUGGGACACUUCAGCCAGUCGGUUUUUCAUUUCAACAACUCGCAAGCUCUGACAGGCACCUCGGCUGGGAAGCUGGUGGUGUGGGAAGCGGCCAGUCCCUGCAUACCCUCCAAGGAACCGCCGGCCAAGCCGCACAGCAUGAAGGCCACCAAACUGGUGCCUCUGCAGAAGGACAGCCUUACUGUGCUCAAGGUGUUCGAGUGCUGCAUAGUAACAGGGGAUGUGAACGGUCAGGUUAAGUUCUACGACGGACAGCUGCAGGUCCUCAUCUGCUACAGCCACAGCAAAGUGGGUCCCAUUCGGUCCAUCUCCUUCGCCAAAGCCCCUCCUGAUCUUCCUGGUGCCUCCCCAGCCUGCUCCACCUCCUUCAUCUCCAGCAGCCAGCCCUUUGCCACCAGGAACUUUAUCCUUUCAACCUCUGAUGCAACCGUGCUCCGUGUUGCAACAGACAGGACAGACUUUGAAAAAGUCAUGGAAGAGGCGAAGAAAGCUGUGAAUGCCAUCGCCUGUCACCCCCGGCAGGGACUUGUUGCUGUGGGGAGUCACUGUGGGCUGCUGAAGGUGUGGGAUUACCAGCAGAACAAGUACCUUGUUAGCAGGAUUUUCACCAAGGCUGGCAUCCAGUGCUUGUCCUAUGACCCCAAAGGUUAUUUUUUGGCUGCUGGUUUUACUGAUGGAAGCAUUUACAUCCUCGAUGCCAUUUCUCUUCAGUCCAGCUGCAAAGAGUUCAAGUUCUCGCACGGUCCCAUAACUCAUAUUAGCUUCUCUCACGAUUCCGAGUACAUCGCAACUGCUGAUGAGAAAUACGCGGUGACUGUUUACAAGAGUGUCGUGCAAAACGGAAGCAGAUGCUGGGAACACCUAGCAGGGCUUCAUUCUCACUACAAACCCAUCCGGAGCAUCCUCUUUGGGGUGCAGUCAGAUAGCAAUGAGCCCAGGCUCCUGAGCCUUGGGGAGGACCGGCAGCUGGUUGAAUAUGACCUGAACAGCAGCAGCAAGGACCACUUGGUGGUCUUGCACAGGGACCGGGUGGAGCAGAUUGCUGUGCCUCUGUGUUUGGCCUGGUACCCACAGCUCAGCACUGAGUCCUUUAUCCUCACUGCCAACAACUGCUACAAAAUGAAGCUCUACAAUGCGACGACCAAAAUAUGCAGAAAGACCCUUUUGGGACCUACCUAUGGCUCCCCAUUGGAGAAGAUGCAAAUCCUCCCAACAACAAACACCACAGAUCCCCAGAAACACUAUCUGGCAUUCAUCACAAAGGACAAGGUGGGCUUGCAGAUUUUGCCUGUCGACGGCAACCCCCACAAGUCCUCAGCUUUCAUGUGCCACCCCGAUGGUGUGUCUGACCUUGCUAGCUCCUACGACGGACGCUACGUCUUUACAGCAGGGGGGAGCGACUGCACUGUUAUGAAAUGGGAGGUCAACCUAAAUGCCUUGGAUGCUGCUGCUUCUCUGGGUGGGGAGGACUUGAUCCCAUUCUACAACCUACUGGACGGUGGUAGAGAAGGCGAAUUCUUCAGGGAACUGGAAGACUAUUUUUACUACGCACAGCUGCGCAGCCAGGGCAUCGAUACGCUGGAGACCAGACAGGUGUCAACACAUAUUCCCUUGGAGGAAAUUCCUUCUGUAAUGAGAGCAAUGGGAUUUUACCCAUCAGAGGGAAAGAUUGAAGAAAUGAUAAGCGAAGUAAAAUUCAGCAAGUAUGUGGAUACUGGAGAACAAGUGACAAAAAUCAAUUUAGGGGAUUUUAUCAAACUUUAUAUAAAUCAUCGACCUGCGUUUGGCUUGUCAAUGAGAAAAAUACAACGAGCGUUUCAGGUUCUUGGCUAUGAUAAUGAGAAUGGAGACAAAGCUAUUGACAGAGGAGACUUACUGUUGCUGCUUCAGCGCAGAGGGGAGCAGAUGACCGAGGAAGAGCUGGCACAGUGUCUGACCACCCUCCUGGGCAGGCGUCCGGCGCAAGGAGGAUCUGAACCGGACACCGACGAUCCUGCAGGUGCAGCAGCUUUGAGCGAAGAAGAAAUUCCAGAGGAAAUCACAGCAGAGAUAUUCGCUGCUGACAUUCUUGGCUUACCUAUUGCUGAAUCAGAAAAAAAGAACAGAAAACAAGAGAGGUGA